AUGAAGAAGUUUCCAUUAAAUGGCUUAAUGAACAUACAAAAUGGUAAAAGGUAGAAGUGGAACUGCAUGAGAAAGUAGCUUAUUUACUAACACAACAUUCUAAACAAAACCACAAAGCUCCUGUCCUCCAUUCGAGCAAGCAAGGAUAGGAAUUUCAGUAACUGCAAUGGGCUUCAAUUGCCAAGCUUUUCAGCACUCCAGGGCAAAAGGGUCUCCAUCACUCCAUGCCUAGCUGUAGAGAUGAUGAUAAUAAUAAUAAAAAACACAAGGCUUGAUUAUAAAUAUUAUAUAGUCUUACUAUGAUUGAUACAUCCCAAAAGUAGCUUCAACAGUCCGGCCUGCAGCCAUGAAAGCCGUAGUGAUCACCACUCCCGGCGAUCCCCAAGUUCUCCAGGUGCAAGAAGUCGAAAACCCAGAAAUUGGAGAUGAUGAAGUUCUAAUUAGAGCGGAGGCCGCUGCCAUUAAUCAAGCAGAUACGCUUCAGAGGAAGGGCUUACACCCUCCCCCCAAAGGCGGCAGUCCCUACCCCGGUCUCGAAUGUUCUGGAAUCAUCGAAGCUGUUGGAAAGGCCGUCGUCCGAUGGAAGGUUGGCGAUCAGGUGUGUGCUCUUCUUUCUGGUGGAGGGUAUGCUGAAAAAGUGGCUGCUCCAGCUGGGCUAGUUCUUCCUGUUCCAUCUGGUGUUUCUCUGAAGGAUGCUGCUGGUAUUCCUGAGGUUGCAUGUACUGUUUGGUCAAGUGUUUUUAUGAUGAGCCAACUGUCUGCAGGAGAAACAUUCCUGGUUCAUGGGGGUUCAAGUGGAAUCGGUAUCUUUGCUAUUCAAAUAGCGAAAUACAUAGGAGCAAGGGUAUUUGUUACAGCAGGAAACGAGGAAAAAUUAGCUGUUUGCAAGGAUCUUGGAGCAGAUGUGUGCAUCAAUUACAAGACUGAAGACUUUGUUGCACGGGUGAAGGAGGAAACAAGUGGGAAAGGUGUUGAUGUUAUACUGGAUACUAUCGGAGGGGCCUACUUUCAGCGAAACGUCGAUAGUUUAAAUGCUGAUGGAAGGCUUUUUAUUAUUGGUUUUCAGGGUGGAACAGUUGCAGAAGUAAAUCUUUCAGGUUUACUUGCAAGGCGCCUUACAGUGCAAGCGGCUGGUUUGCGAAACAGAAGUCUGGAAAACAAAGCUGUAAUUGUGAGUGAGGUGGAGAAGAAUGUUUGGCCUGCAAUCAUGGCCGGAAAGGUUAAGACUGUGGUGUACAAGUAUUUUCCAUUGACGGAUGCAGCAGAGGCUCACUUGCUCAUGGAAAGCGGCAAGCAUUUUGGGAAGAUACUGCUCAUUCCAUGAUGUUAUGGUUAUGAAUGAUCUUAUGCCUCAAAGGGCAGGUGUAGAUGGUCAAUGCUUAGUUUCUUAUGUAGAUCUGUCAUUGGAGAAUAAAAACCAGCCUUCUCGUCCACGCAUUUAGACUACUGGAAUCUAAAGAUGAGAAAUUCAGAGAUAGCGUCUCUUGGCUCUCUGAUUCUGGUGUGUUUAUUCAAUCAGUAAGUCUUCAGAAUGGUUCGUCUUGGUCGUCCUAGUUUUCAUAUUUAAAUGUAAAGGAUUGAGCUGGGAAGUAAAUAAUAAAGCCUCCCUUGGAUC